GUCAAAGAACCAAAACGUCGUUUCAAAGAAUCAGCUGUUUGUCAAUUGUGCAAAUUCGUGACACGUUUUAAUCUAAAUCUAAAAUAAAUACCGAAAUUGGAACAAAGAUAACAUGUAAAAGAUGGCAUGCGACGAAGAUACCGUUUGGAUUACCGAAUUGGAAACGGCUUUAUUAGAGGAAUGUUCCGCUACAGAUAUUUAUUGUAUUUGCAAGGGAAAGCCGUUACCUGAUCAUUUAAGAGCGGAUAUCUGGCAGAUAUGCUUAGAUAUUCGUGAUAAAGGUAACCAAUUAAUUCAUUUCAACGAAGUUUUUGAUCUCCAAAAUCAAGCGGUUUUGCGUGAAGAUUGCGUAAAUUUCGUGUCAAAACUUGGAAAUGAAGAAGAUGACAAGCUUUCAGUAGUUUCCGAUUUAGAAUCGAUCUUAACGUUUUACUGCAAAUCUCGUAACAUGAAAUACGAAAAAAAUAACGGCUUCUUAGAGCUCUUAUUACCAUUAUUAACCUUAAAAGUGCAACGAUCCACUACUUACAACUUAUUCGAGGCGAUACACGACGCUUACGUUCCUCAAAGUUGCCAAAAAAACGGCAACGCAUUUCACAUUUUACGCCUUUUACUGUUAUACCACGACCCCGAAUUGUGCAGUUUUUUAGAUACGAAACGAAUAACUCCCGAUAUGUACUGUUUGUCGUGGUUUCAAUCGUUAUUUGCGAGCACUUGCACCUUAAGCGUUGUUAUCAACAUGUGGGACUUUUAUUUCCAACAAUCCGAUCCGUUUUUCAUCUUUUUUUUGUCGCUCAUUAUGGUUGUUAAUGCUCGGGAUCAAAUCAUUUCAAUGAAAAAUGAAAGUCGCGAAAACAUCGUGACUAAUCUAACUAAUAUGCCGGCUGCUCUUGAGGCUGAAGAUGUCAGCGAUUUUUGCUCGUUGGCGCAGUAUUACGCAAUGAAAACGCCGAGUAGUUUUAAAACCGAUUUGAUGCAAACUUUGUAUGGGGGAAAAGAAGGCGAUAAUGCGGCUAUUUCCCAAGCUUUGUGUUUACCGGUUUCAGUGAGGGAGUUAAUCGAAAAUGUUAAUAUGGAGACGGGGAAUGUGGAUGCUGUGAGAUUUUUUUUGGUCGAUUGUAGACCUGUUGAACAGUAUAACGCGGGACAUUUACCAACGGCGUUUCAUUUGGAUUGUAAUUUAAUGCUGCAGGAGCCAAGUGCCUUUGCUACCGCUGUUCAAGGACUUUUAAGUGCCCAAAAACAAGCUUUAGCAGUUAAAUCAAACGCGGGUGGUGAGCAUUUAUGUUUUUUGGGUUCCGGACGUAACGAAGAAGAUCAAUACACUCACAUGGUCGUUGCUUCAUUCCUCCAAAAGCACACCCAAUACGUUUCGUUAUUAACAGGAGGUUAUAUGGCUGUUCAUAAUUAUUUUUGCGAUAAUUUGAAUGAGUUUUUGCAAGAUCAUAAUUCUUCUCAAUGCAUUGUUUGCGAUGGAGGUGGUUUAAACGGGGACGGUUCGUCGAAAUCAUCCCUCGAUUGUUCGAACAAUUCAAAAUCGACAACUAACAGCCAAUCCAACGAUCUCUUUGGGAAGAUUUCAGCAGCGAUGAAAUCGAAAUCGGCCGAAGUUAAAGGAAAAUUAUUUGAUUACAUCGUUAAUCCGAACAACAGCCCCGUACAAGAACGUCACGUUUCGAGUAAUGAUAAAAUGGGGAAACGAUAUCGAAAUGUUGCGCCUGUUUUUAGUAUUGAUGGUGAAGUUGAUAAUUUCGCCGAUGUUAAUAACGUCCAAGAUGAAGAAAGGGAAUUGGUUCCGAUACAAAGUUGGUUAAAAAAUCCGGAUGUCAUCGAACAUUUUCCUUGUCAAGAGGUGAAAUUAAACGGGUUUAUGUAUAAAAGUCAUUUGAUGGUGACCGAUAGACAUUUGGUGGUUUUAAGAGAAAUUUACGAUAAAAAAGGAAUCGCCGAGAUCAUCGUAAAAAGGCCUUUAUCAUCUAUCGUAAAGAUAACAGCAAAAAAACGACACCCUGAAUUAAUAACGUUUAAAUACGGAGUGUUGGAUGGGGAACAACUCCAUAUUACCGACAUGGAUAAGUUUUUAAUUCCAAAUGCGGCAAAAGCUACGAAUGUUGUGUCUGAACAGAUUUUGAACCAUCUCAAAAAUCAAGAUUAAUUUAAUUGCAAGCAAGAAAAUCGUUAGAAUUUUGUAGAGUUUUAUCGUGGUUAGAUGGACGUUGUAUGUACUUAUUAAUUUUUGUUCUUAAAAGUGAAACGGUCCUUAAAAAAAAAUGUUAAGCGUAUUUUACGUAAUGAAAACGUGUUGUUUAUAGCUGUAAGAUAAAGUAUUUUUAAAAAGUUA